AUGGCUCCCGAACCAUCACCACCCACCCUGUUCUUCCAAUGCCACAAUGAACAAGGCACUGAGACCAUCAUCCUCAUACACGGUGCCUGCGGCAGCAGCAAAGAGUGGGACGAUGUUAUCCCCCACCUCACCGACAAAAACUACCACGUCCUCGCACCAGACCUGCCUGCUCACGGCCAAUCCAUCGCAAUCAAACAUUUCACUCUGGACUCUGCGACAGAACACAUCCUCCGCAUCAUCGAUAUACACGCCCACAAUGGCAUCGUCCAUCUCGUGGGCCUAAGCCUAGGCGCACAUAUCGGAGCAUGUGUUGCGGAGCGCGCAAAGCCAGGACAGAUCUCUUCGGCAAUUCUGUCAGGGUAUAACAUCUUCCAACCGCCGAAGCUGAUGCUUCCUUUCAUCAUAAUACCGAUCUUCUUCCUCCAUCACACCAUCCAGCUCGUGACCCAGUUCCAAACGGAGAUCCGGCAUCUGCAGACUGGGGAAUCCUCAUUCGGGCUCAUCUAUGAGGUUGGACGGGUGCUUUGCGAUCCUCGAGGGCUUGGAGAGAUUCCUGCGCGGACGCUGGUGAUUGCAGCACAGAAGGACUCGCUGCUGCAGAGUGACAUGAUUCGGGGUGCUAAGCGGUUAUUUUCGGCGGUUGCUGGGGGGAAAGAGAGUGGGAGUAGGGUGGUGAUGCAUCGAGGCAUUCUACAUGCGUGGCAUGUCUUUAACCCGGUGUUAUUUGGAAAUAUGGUGGUCAAGUGGGUGGGAGAGGAGCCACUGGACAGUAGAUUCGAAGAUAUUGAGGUGUAA